GAACAUGCGCGCGGUGGGUGCAACAGUGCUUUGGUGACAGUGCGACACGCGCGACAGAAAGAGAGAGCGAGAAAU